CAGUGAGAUAAAGACGUGGACGUGUGUGUCUUAAGUACCUCCUUCCUCUGGUGAAUCCAGGCAGUGCCACUGUGGAGCGCGAGGGUCUGACGGCGACGCUGGUGAAGGACAUGAGGAACUACUUCCAGAUCAGCCCCGAGUACUUCUCCAUGCUGCUGGUGGGGAAGGACGGCAACGUGAAGUCGUGGUAUCCGUCGCCCAUGUGGUCCAUGGCCAUCAUCUACGACCUGGUGGACUCCAUGCAGCUGCGCCGGCAGGAGAUGGCCAUACAGCAGUCGCUGGGCAUGCGCUGCCCCGAGGACGAGUACGGCGGCUACGGUUACCACCAGCACGGAUACGAACACGGCUACCAGGACGGCUAUCACCAGGGCUACGGCUACUAACUGCUGUGUGUGUGUGUGUGUGGGGGGGCUAAACUGAGAGCACACACACGUCAAACCUGUACGUCUCGUGUCCUUUAACGUUUGCUAGCACUUAGUGGAAGCUUCCACAGCGAGUUUAUGCGGCACAAAAUAUGCUGUCGUUCUAAUCACUUUAAAGGGGCAGUUUGGGAUUUUUUGAGGUAAAACUCUGAUUUUAGCCACUUAAAGGUUCACUCUGUCACAUUCACCAGGGUUUAUGGGCAGAAAAUAGAUACAUAUAUAAAGAAAUAAAUAUAGAGUCCUUAAGUGUACAACAGCUUUAAAAUAAAAGUUGUUUGGUUUUCACAGCCUUAAAAUAAGCCUUUUAUACGAGGAAUAUCACAGACUACAGCUUUAACAUGAGGCUCGCCUGAUUAAAAUGUGUGCACUACUUUAAGAGCAUGUUGAUGCUUUUACUGAGCUGUUUCAACAGGAAACUGACGUUUGGGACACUUUAUUAAAUUGCUCACUGUCCCACACCAAACCCCAUAGAGAAAAUCAGCGUUUUUAGCCAGUAAGGACACAGGUGUUGUUGAUCCACUGCUGCCUGAGGCUUGAAGGUGAUAUUUAGUAAAAUUCUGUGGUUGAAAUCCUUUGUUCAGAUUGACCCGAGUGACACAAAGUGACCACACGAGGCAGCAGCAGACCAGCAGCUCCUGUGUCCCCGCCAGCUAAAAUCACUGGUUUUCUCUAUGGGGUUUGGUGCAGAGGAUUACAAAGCAACACAAACCUCAGUUUCCCGUCAGAAAAUGUUGUGUAACAGUGAGAUAAAGACGUGAACAUGUUCUGAAGAUGUCGUACACUUAAAGUAACCCACUCCAUAAAUCCUGAACUGUCCCUUUAAGUGGCUUUAAUCAUGGUUGAUGAGUUAUGACGUGGACAAGCCUGGAGGUUCAGGGAUCUGAUGUUUACUUCCUGUUUGUGUGUUUUAAACAGAGUUUUGCACGUUGUUGUUGUUAUUGUUGUGUUUUAAAUGUUUUAUUUCUGUAAAUCUUCAGGUCAAACUCACAUCAUCCUCCUCCAUGUUCAGGCACAGACUUUUAUUUUGUAGAUAUCAGGCUGAUGCAGUGCAGUUAUCAACCUUUUUUAUUUUAUUUUGAAGGAAAUAAAGAAAGCGGUCACAUUAUUUUGUAAAGUUUCCGUUUCUAUAACACGUUUUUAUUUAUACUCUUAUUUUUUUUUGUCCCAGUAUGAAAAUAAACGUGGUCUCUGAAUUGUUAGCAGUGAAGCUACAGCUCCACCUAGUGGUCAAAUAAGGGUACAUACUCCCAGUUCAUGCUGUUCAUGCUCUAUACUGAACAUUACGGGAUGUAAUUUGCGUAUUUCUUUACAUAAACACAAAUAUUUUGCUGUAAAGUAACUUUGUCAUGUGUGGAUGAAUAAAGUCAAAUUAAAGCAAACUAAAGAAAUAACUCUUA